ACAUGUUUUAAAGAAAAAUGAAGGAUGCGAGUAUAUUUGACUUGUUCUACAAGAAAAGGGAGGAGGUAGGAAGAGGAAAAUUUGGUGUUGUCAGCAGGGUUACAGGAAACAAUGGGAAAGAUUACGCUGCAAAGUUUGUAAGAGUACGGAACCAAAAAAUCAGGACCAGUACAGAGAAGGAGAUUAAUAUUCUCAGUCAGCUGAGCAACCCUCAUAUUAUCCGGUACGUGGAUUCAUUUGAAGGAUUAGCAGAGAUUAUUAUAGUCCUUGAGUACCUGGAAGGAAGAGAACUGUUUGAGAGAGUAGCUUCAGAUUCAUUCCAUCUCACAGAAACAGAUUGCUGCCUUUUUCUCAGACAAAUUUGCCGGGGUGCAGAAUAUCUUCAUUCAAGGAAUAUCUUACACCUGGAUUUAAAGCCUGAGAAUAUAGUAUGUGCUGCUAAGGAAGGUUGUUCAAUAAAAAUAGUGGAUUUUGGAACUGCUCUACAAACUUCACCAGGAGAAAAAAUCCAAGUGAUGUGUGGAACCCCUGAAUUUGUUGCUCCUGAGAUUAUUGCUUAUGAUUUUGUAUCUUCUGCAACAGAUAUGUGGGCUAUCGGAGUAAUCACUUAUAUUUUACUGUCUGGAUUUUCUCCAUUUAUGGGAGAAAGUGAUGCAGAGACUUUUAAGCAUAUUUCAAGUGUUGACUAUGAUUUCAAUGUGAGAGAGUUUAACAUUAUCUCAGCAGACGCCAAGGACUUCAUCAGAAGAUUGCUCGUGAAAAACAGGCGGCAUAGGUUAAGUGCAAGCCAGUGUCUUGAACAUCCCUGGCUCCUUCAAGAAAAUAUGAAUGAAGCGGUGAUUUCAACUGCAAACCUUAAACGAUAUUUAGCCAGGAUGCGCUGGCAACGAUGUGGGCAGGCUAUACGAGCGAUGAAAAGAGUUUCAAGUUUAAUCCUUGAACGAAGAGCAUCACGCACCUUUACCCUGGACAGCCAGGGGAGUGAGGUAUAUACAGAAAGUUUGAGAGACAGUGUGAAUUCUGACCUAACAAUAUCCUCUGAAAAUCAGAGGGAAGUAAAAGAGGAAUUUACCCCUUUUACCAGAAACAACGAGAUUAAAACAUUGGAGAACUGUAUUGUACCAAUAAGACGGACAGGGAUAGACAAGUCCGCUCUUCUAAGAGAAGAAGACAAUACUACAGAAGAUAAUCAAACUGAACUAAACAAAGAAAGAAAAAGAGGAAAAACUACUGGCAAAGUUAAACAUCUUGUUAAAUGCUUCGAAAAUAUUUUGUAAUAAUAACAUUUAAUUUAAAAUAUCUUUAUUUAUUAAUACAAGUAGACAUUUUCUAA